CCCGGCGUUUGUUUAUAUGUAUUCGCGACGUGUAAGUCGUGGGACUCCUCUCAGUUCUCUGACAAUGCACACUGACGUUCUGAGCGCGUGCCGAGCCGAGUGAGACACGAAAAGCAGUAGGACGAAAACGGAUCCCUCGAUGAUUCAUGCGAAUACCUUCUCUUGGCGGUAAGGUUAUGUCCGUUGGUUGGACGACGGGACAGUACUCGGUCAUACGCGUUCCACCGGCGCGCGUACACUCUCGCGAUGAUGAGGACCGCCGGGGUGCUGGAUGGCCGCGAAUUCGGCAAGCGCGUGCGUCGUGUCCUGGAUGGUAAUUACUCGUACCGUAAGAUCCUCUUGAUCGUCUUGGUAUGCGGCGGUCUGCUGUUGUAUUUUGGCCCACCCUUCGCGCAAUGGUUCUUCUCCUCCACCGGGGAACCUAUAGAGGUAUUUGAAGAUCGUUGCAUGAAUGAGAGAUUGGCUAGUUUCUACUUUGAUGCUGUUGAAUAUAAUGCAAAUAUUUUACACAAUCCACCUAAGGAGAAUGAACAUUCUUAUCUGCCAUACAUUGGCAAUGGUAUUUUCGGAGUUCCUAUUUCUCCGGAAGCUUGGCUGUAUAUUAAACAUAGAAGAGCACUUUUACUGCCUGUACAGUGGCAACCAUUGAUCACACAUUCUAUACCGAAAGAUAGUUUUUACCGAGAAGCAACCGUCGUUCAUUUUACAAACGGGAUUGUUUAUAAAUAUCAGUGCCUUAGGGAAGGAUAUCACAUAGAAUCCCAAUAUUAUGCACAUAGAAGUCUCGAUGGGAUUUUGGUGCAGAUUGUAAAACUUUCUAAUCCAUUUUCGCUUUCUCAAGAAAUAUCACUGAAAUCACAGGAAUCUAUCCAUUGGAGUAAUUCUCACAUAGAGCCCAUCAGAAUUCAAGUCGAUGGAUUUAAUCAUGAGUACUCCUUCUUAUCUGGAUUCGUAUCUGCGCCCAACUCCAACAAAAUAAUAGUUGUAUCGAUAAUUUACAAGGUUCCACCUAAAACAGUGCAGGUAAAAGCACACAGUUCCAUUAAAUUGGAGUUUUUGUCAAGCAUUCAAUACAGCGAGCCAAUCUUGUUCGAGCAUUAUCAUACAGAACGCGAUGCGACUAAAAAGAAAGCAAUUGACUUUAUAAGAAAGGCGAUUGCGCGCCAGCAACGUUUAAGAGAGGAGCAUGUAAAUUUCUGGCAGAGUUAUUGGUACACGAGUCUAAGGAUAAGUGACUCCAAGGCUGACGGUGCUAUCAACGGUCACAAGAUUAAUUCUACCAUGUAUUACGUAUUAUCUCAGGUUUCGCGGAGUGUUCAGGAUGUUGAGAAAAACAUUGCUAUGAACGAAGGUUGCUAUCGGGGUCAUCAUACCUUGGACGCUCCUCGCUUAUGGAAAGAUACCUCGACCAUCGACGCCGUGAAUGAGAUAGUCGAGGCAUGGUUGAUAACAUUGGAGAAACAAGGUUGUUAUCAUCUAGUGAUCGGAGGUCCUGCAGCUGUACAACAGGCAAUGGUGCUGAGUCUCGGUAGCCUGAGAUUCAGUAACCAACAUCUCGAAUUUAAUAUAGAUCCUCAAUAUCUACAUCGCGAUUAUUUGUUUAGGCGUAUAAGUUAUGGAAAUUUAACACAUGUAAAUAUAUCUGUAACGGUUGGUGAAGAUAAUCGCGCGAUAUUAGGAGUAGCUUUGGAUAAAAGUGAUAGCGUUUAUUUCGGAUGUGAUGCCGGUUGUUUGGACGCGCCAGUUCCCCUCGACCAGACUUAUACAAAUUUUCCCGUAAAGUUGACAAAGCCACUAACUGCGAUACUUUACAUAACGUCUGAUCAUCAACAUAUGCAAGAUCUUCGUAAUGCUCUGCACGUACACGAAGUAGACGAUGCGCCUGCACACGAUCACCAGGUGAUGGCUUUGCACAAACACGGACAUCAACUCGGAGGCUUACCCACAUUAUUUUGGGUUAGCAUAUGUUUCCUGAUAGUUGUGUUCCAUUUGUUUCUAUGUAAAUUAAUUUUUAACGAGUAUUACGGCCAUCAGGAUCGGCAGCGAGUUCGAUAUAAUAAACCGUGAUAUAAUUGUACAUAAUUUUCUUGUGAUGUGAG